AUGUCGGCUCGCUCACCUCCACCACCAUCGUCAGCGGUCACGUCGGCCGCAUCGUCGCAGCUCGUCCCCUCCCACACCUCGCCAGCGUCCACCUCGGUCUCGGCAUCGUCUCCACCACCGCCGCCCCGCUCCUCGGCAGCUGCCGAUCCACAACACCCAUCGACAGCCAUCUCUUCCACAGCCGCCACUCCAGCUCACGACACCAAAAAGGUGUCCUGCCUCGAAUGCCGCGCCAGCAAGGUAAAGUGCAGCGGCGGUUCCACCUGCUCCCGCUGCAAGCGUCUCAAGCGCUCCUGCGAGUACCGCUCCCACAAACGAGGCAGAAAGUCCGACAACAGCAAGAUACAGAGGCUCGAGAGCACCGUAUCAUCCCUCACGCACGCGCUCAACCAGAUCAACGCCCAGUACGCAGGCGGCCGGCCACCAUCCCAAGUCCACCCGCCAGCCCACUACUGGCAUCAGCCUGCCCCUUCUGCAGCCAACGCCUUGGCAAGCAACAGUCGCAGCCCACAUCCUCACAACCAGCCAGGAACCUAUCCCCAUCAGCAGCAAGCGCCUCGCUCACCACAACAGCACCAUCACGAUCACCAUCGUCAUCGCCACCACCACGCCCAGCAAAACUCCUCGGCCGACCAUGCCUCCCGCAGCGCAAGCUGCUCGUCGUCCAUCGCAACCCCUACCGCCGAAGACCCAGACCAGCCAGACAACCUCGGCCUGCCCACCCUCAGCAAUCCGCUCAAACUCCUAGCACAGGCCAGCGACUCGGCACGCGACCGCGACCUCCUCCUCCUCCAGACUCAGUCCUCGUCCCUCGGCAACCGGCCCUCGCCCUCGACCGCCUCCCGCAAGCGCAAAGCGUCCAUCAACGCGGCUCGCCCAUUCCAUGGCGGCCAUGGCAGCGGCGGCGACGACGACAACGACGACAACGACGACGACCACGACGAGCACUGCCAUCAUCUUCGCUCCCGGUCUCAGGAGCAGCACCACACUCGCCCGCCUCGCAACCAUGCUUCCCCGCGCUCAAUGACCCUCUCGACGCACCCUUCCUCGUCAACCCGCCCCUUUGGGCCCGCGCGCGGCAAAAACUACUUUGCCAACGGCCUCUAUGUGCCAAAGCUCGAUCUCGACCCGCUCUUCGACCCCAUCGCCCAGCGCGUCCUCGACCACGCCCAGGCGGCGCGCCUCUUUGACUUUUUCAUGCUCGAAAUCAACCCGCAGCUCACCCUCCUGGAUCCGCACCUGCACACUUUUGCCCACGUCCGCAACACGUCGCUGCUCCUGCUCAGCGCGACGUGCUGGAUUGCUGCAAAGUUUCUGCCAGACUGUGCCAAGGCCGCCACAGAGCUCGAGGCUCGGAUGCGCGACGUCCUCCUCCCCUCGAUCCUCCUCGACGGCUACCGCUCCGCCGAGAUCGCCCAGGCCUUCAUCAUCCUCGCCACCUAUCACCCGCCCACCGAUACCCUGGCCGAGGACCGCUCCUGGACGUACAUCGGCUUCGGCAUCCGCGUCGCCUCGGAACUUGACAUGAACAGCAAUCUCCUGCACCUCCCACCGGCGCGCGCCGCCGACGAGAACCUGGCGCGCAGGCUGCGCAACCGCGAGCGCACCUGGCUCAACCUCUGGCUGUCAGAGACGAGCCUGAGCCAGCAUAUGGGUCGACGUCCCACACUGGCCAUUGACCCCGUCGUCAAGGGCUGCCGCCACUGGCACUUGGAUCAGUUCGCGCUGCCCGAGGACAAGGCCAUUGUCGCCGUCGUCCAGCUGCGCCUCCUCCUCUCGCGCAACAUCGAGCUCUUCGACACCCUCGACGUCGCCCUGCCGCCGCCGCCAUCGCGGGGCACUUGCGACGAGCGCGAUCGCCAACGGACGCGGAGCCUGUCGCAGCUCGACUUCUUCCGCAGGACGAUCUCGACCGAUCUCGACAGCUGGCUAGCCAUCUGGACCGACCGUCAUGUACCGUCCCCGUCCUCUUCUCAUUCAAAUCCAGCAGUCGCAACGUCGGCGGACGGCGCGCCGCAGCGGUUGAAGAAGGCCAAGCUCUACUAUUGGUACGCCCGGCUGAUGCUCAACACGCUGCCGCUCAAAUGCUCGCACCUGCCGCGCUCGGCGCUGCUGCCCGUCUACCGCGACGCCUACCUGGCCGCGACGUCCUAUCUCGACCUCUUCCUGACGACCAUGGUGCCGCACAACCUGCGCUUCGGCCACAACUCGACCAUCGUCACGCCGACCUAUUGCGCCAUCUUUGCGCUCCGUCUCGUCAGCAGCAGCAGCGCUGCCGCCGCCGCCAACAGCGACAAUCGAGGUCAGCGACAGGGGUCCGAGGUCGACGUCGAGGUGGAUGCAGAGGCGGCGUUCGAGCUCGUGUCGCGCUAUGUCGGCGCGCUGGAGGAGGCGGGCAAUGUGACGGCGCAUCGCCAGGGUGCGGCAGGGAGCUAUGCGCCCUAUCUGCAGACGGUGCUGGCGAGGGUCAGGGACUCGGUCGGUCGAUCGCAACGGCAGCAACAGCAGCAGCAGCAUCCUCAAUCCCGUUUUCGACCAUCCACGGUUCGGCAAGACGGAGUUGACAUAGAAAUGACGGAGCGAGCGCAGGCCUUCUGGCCGCGCAGCGCGGGCGAGCCGAGCGGCCUAGCGUCAACGAACGACGAGUUGACGAACACGGGUCCUCAGACGCCGUACCCUGCCGUUGUGGCGACGGCAUUCCAGGCCGGCCAAGGCGGCACGCCCUACCCGGCGUUUGCGGACAGCGACGAUCCGAUCCUGCACAACCUGUUUCACUUCCAGGCUGGCCCGUCUGGCGUCCAGACUGUCUCGAGCCAGCCAACGAAUGGGUCGGGCGUCACGGACAUCUCGUAUGCCGAACUGUUCAACAGCACAGGAGACUUCGUCGGGCUCGAGGAGGGACUGCUGAACGAGUCCAUCUUCGGCGACAUGUCGUUGCCCUUUGAUGGGAGCGCAGGGGGUAUAUGGAGCAGGACGGCGUAG